UGAGGCUUUGCCACACAUCCGCUCACUCAGCUUCAGGAUGCCCUGCAGAGGUUCAGGACUACAGGACCAGCAGCAAUGCCUUGGGACACUGCAGAGGGAAGAAAGGCAGCUGUUACUAGAUUUUUGCUUGAAAGUAGCACUUUACAAAGAAGAAAACAUUCAUGAUGUCGUGAAUAUCCUCCUCUCAUUGUUUUCUGUUAACACUGAGCUACAUAACAUCCUUCUUGAUUUUUAUCAACAUGUCAAGAAGGAAGAUUUUCCAGAUGUCAUUCCAAAACUAAGGCCACCGUUCCAGUCAGCUCCUGCAGUCUGGACCAUAAACCUCUCAGAGAGAAAGACCUCCAUCCUCCUGGAAGUGCUGAAACUCCAACCAGAGAAGAAACAAGUGAAGCUGAGAGGCUUCUCAGAUGAAGAGAGUGAAGUGAGGAGUUUCCUACAGUGUCUGCCUUAUAUCUCACAGCUCAAAUAUACAGUAUUAAUCUGAUUUACCUGUUAAAAUAUUUCUCACAAUCGCCACUCUUUUGAAAUGAAUUUGCUGUCAUUUACAAAUAAAGAUAUGAAAUACAUCUAUAGAGUUUAUUAUCACAGCUAUUAACACAGUAUUUCAUCCUGCUGCAUUCGUUCUCUAACUUUCAUCCUUAAUAAAAAAUAUUUGACAUGAGAUGGUUUUCAAUGCAGAAUGUGUUGUAGCUUUGCUGUUUUACAUUUCCUCCAUAUUGUGUUUCAGCUGUGAUCCAGAGUUCUUCCAGAGUGUCUGCUCAUGCAUCUCUGUCAGAUCCAGAGAAGAGGCUGAGCAGUUGGUCUCUCUGCUGCAGCUGCUGGGGUUCACCCUGCUGUUAACAGGAUGGUUAAGCACAAGAUGCUGCCGGUCGGUGGGGACAGUUCUCGGACUCUGUGGCUCUGAUGUGGAUCUCAUCCUCAAACCAGGACAGAUGUUUGUCGGAGAAGCCUCCCUCCUCUUUAGUUCUACAGUGCAACUGCACAGUCUGACGCUUUCCCAUGACAACACCUUGCUACUGUGUGGAUGGGUAAAAAAAGGGAGAGUGGCCUGUUCAGUGACUAUUGAAGAGCUUUCUCUCUCCCCUCAGACAGCCGGUCCAUCUGAGAAAGUGUCGUUGAAGGUUGUCAGUGGUUUGGCGUCCCUGCUGAGAUACUGGAAAAUCAGACGGUUAAACCUGACUGAGUUCUGUGUUCCUGCUCUGAGUCUCAUUCCACUGCUGCUUCAUGAUGGCUCUCUAACAAUCAGACUGAGUGAGGACACUGUCCAGCAGUUCCUCUUCCUCCUCCAUGAAAACCAGGACGGAGACUUGACUCGGUCCUUCUUGAUCAAGGUUGGUGGAGACCUGAGCUCCUGCUGUCUGAACUGGGAGCUUCUUCACUUUCUGCUGCAGCAGUCGUCAGCUCAGACCAUCACUGUGAACCUGAAGAAGAACAGCUUCUUACAGGAGAGCAUCACACGUCUGCUUCCCUUCCUGGACAGGGUUGUGUUGAAAAGGUUCAGUCCCAGCUUUGUGUUGACUGCCGUCAGAGAGAUCUAUCAUGCUGGUGCCAGUCCCAGUAUAUCCAGUUUACUGAGGUCACUGAAUGAUGUGAUCAGCCUGACCUGCAGAGAGAUGGACUCUGUGGACUGUGCUGCUCUGAUCUUCACCCUCAGACACAGUGACAAAGUUAAACUGAACCUCAUGUGGAUGUCCAUACCAGCAGGGGAAGUAAAGUCCAUCAUCUUGAUGCUGGACAAAGUUUCUCAACUGAGUGUUGACAGGAAGCUGCUGCUGAGGUUGGUCCACUGUUGUGCUUCCUCUGACGUCCAGCAGGAGGCUUCGGUCGUCCUGCUCAGGCCUCUGCAGCACACACUGGAUCUGUCCUGCUCCUCCUGUGUGGAGCUGUUAGACCAGGAUCAGAGUGACACUCUCAGUCUGACUGCUGAUGACUGCAGGGCCGUCUCCACCAUCCUGAGACACAGCAGCAGCCGGGAGACACAGCUCAUUCUGCAGGACUGUGAGGUGGAGGACAGCGGACUGGACCUGCUGUUUUCUGUCCUAGACAGAGUCUGUCUCAGAGCCAGUAAAGCUGUCCUCCUCCAGCUGGUGUCUCUGGUCCCUGUGAACAGUGAGAGGGACUCGGUGAGACGGGCAGAGUCCCUCUGCAGAGCUCUGAAUGCAGAGCUGGACCUCAGUCACAGCUCCCUGGAUCAGAGGACCUGUGAAGCCUUGGCCCUGAUGCUGGACUUCUGUGCAGAGCUGACACAGCUGGACCUCAGUCACUGUCAGCUCACAGACCAGCAGCUGCUCUCACUCUGCUCACAGCUGCACAAAGUACAAGUCUUGGAUCUGAGUCACAACAACAUCACUGAUGCUUCGACUGACACGUUACUCCAACUGGUCUCCAUCAACCCCGGCAUUCAAACUGUGCGACUCCGUACUUCAGUAACAACAUUGUGGACAGAAGCUCCUUACAGAAAGACAAGCGGUUUGAAAUCUGGUGAACCAGUCGUCAGUGGGAUGCUAUUAAUUGUUUCAAGUCUAAUGAUCUUUGGAAGAAAGUAUUACCUGUGGUACCUUGAUUUUUUUUAUUCAGGCAAAACUAAUAGAAGCCAACACUGUUACUUCAGUGACAACUGUGUUUUUUAAUAUUGUGAUAAUGAUUUUCUGGGAUGAAUGUUUAGCUCAAAUUAACAAGGCAAAAAAAGAAGAGAUUAUAGUAAAUUAUCUUAAGAGAAUAAUCUUAAAAGUGUAAAUAUGAGUAUAUUUUUUGACAUUUUAAAUGGAGAAAAUAUUAAUUUCCUCUGUCCAUUCUCCUUUCCUCAUGAAAAUGCCUCUUUUAUUGUAAACUACAGUAAUCAGCGUUUUCUUGACUUUUAAUUUCACAGAAUAAAAUCUGACUCAACCAGUUACCAGCUGAGUGAAUUUGUGUCACAAACAGACCUCGUUAUAAGAUUUGGUGCAAUGUCAUUGGACCAAUUUCAUAUUUUCUUGUAAUGCAACAGCUAUUUUAAAAUGUUGUGAAAUGUA